GUAGUUAAUUAUUAUUGGAUUUAUGUUGGGAGAGAGCUAGGUAGGUGGCAUGGCGACCCACAUCCUGAUGUUUCCGAUACCUCUGCAGGGCCCCGUCAAGUCGAUGCUCAAGCUGGCGGAGCUCCUCCGCCCCCACUUCCAGAUAACUUUCCUGGUGACGGAGCACAUCCACCGGCGGCUGCUCCGCCACUCCAACAUCUCCGACGACGACGACAGCGACGGGGCCGGGUUUCGAAUCCGGGCGAUCCCGGAUGGGCUGCCGGAGGAGCAUCCCCGGGGGGGCGACGACUUCCUGGAGAUUUUGGAGUCCCUGAAGAAGACGAGCAGGCCUCUGUUGAGGGAGAUGCUGAUUUGCAGCAGCAGCAGGAAGAAGAUCUCCUGCGUGGUGGCCGACGGGAUCCUGGGAUUGAGCUGCCACGUGGCGGAGGAGGUCGGGAACGGCGUGGGUGUGUUCCACGUGAGGACCAUCAGCGCUGCGUGCCUUUGGGUCUUCUUCUGCCUUCCCAGAUUGAUCAGAUCUCGAGACCUUCCAUUUCAUGUUAUAUUUAAUUUUUUUCUUCUAGGAGAUGACUUAGAUACACCAAUAAAAAGCAUACCAGGCAUGGAAAGUUAUCUCCGCCGUAGAGAUUUGCCGGAAUUCUGCCGGUCCGGCGACAUAAACCAUCCAAUGAUCGAGUUGUACAAGAAAGAAGGUUCUGAGAAUCCUCGAGCCCAUGGUCUCAUACUAAACACAUUCGAGGAACUCGAAGGGCCAAUACUCUCGGAGUUACGCAAAGUGUGUCCAAACAUUUACACCCUCGGCCCUCUACACGCCCAUUUAAAAGUCAAACAAAUGUCACCAGACACAUUCUCGAAUAGCCUGUGGCAAGAAGAUCAAACAUGCGUGACAUGGCUCGAUGCGCAACCCCCAAAGUCCGUCAUCUAUGUGAGCUUCGGGAGCCUUGCUUUGAUAACACAUCAACAAUUAAUGGAGUUUUGGUACGGUUUGGUGAACAGUGAGCAAAGAUUCUUGUGGGUGAUACGACCUGAUUCUGUGAUCGGAAAAGAUUGGGAAGACCGACUUCCCAUUGAGUUAUCAAAAGGUACAAAGGAGAGGGGAUACAUUGUGGAUUGGGCGCCGCAAGAAGAGGUGUUGGCGCAUUCUGCCAUUGGAGGAUUUUUAACGCACAGUGGAUGGAAUUCGACACUAGAGAGCAUAUACGAAGGGGUACCAAUGAUUUGUUGGCCAUAUUUUCUCGACCAACAAGUGAAUAGUAGGUUAGUCGAGGCAGAAUGGAAGUUGGGAUUGGACAUGAAAGAUACAUGUGAUAGAAGUACGAUUGAAAAUAUGGUGAGAGAUCUUAUGGAUGUGCGGAAAGAAGAGUUUGCACUACGAGCAAAGCACAUGGAAAAUUCAGCUAAAGCGUCCCUUAGCGACGGUGGGACAUCGCAUGCGAACCUUGAGCGCCUGAUAAAUGAUAUCAAAUUUAAAGCACGGUAAGUUGUUUCUGCGCGCUUUCGAAGUGUGGGAAGGAGUUUUUUCGAAGAAAUUUUACUAUAACACGGAGGAUAUCUUUUAGUAGAUAUCUCAAUUUAUGUAGAUGUGAAUAUGAACCAUGAAAUAAUAUAGACUUUCAUUUCUUUACA